AUGUGUAUGGAGUUCAUCGGAGACGCCGACCGUUUCGGCCUCGACUUCAUCCGCGACCUCCUGCUCGGCGGCGACGGCCGCGUCGCCCCCGUGGCGAGCCCUGCAGUUUCCGACGACGUCACCUUCCCCGUCCUGCAACCUCAACCGGAACUCCAGCCUAUGCCGUCGUUCUUGCCGCAGCAGUACCAGCAGCAGCAUCAGGGGUACAUAGACCUGACGCGCGAGUACAUGGUCGCUCCUCCGGCUGCCCCUGCUGUAGGCGAGGCGGCGUUCCGGGCGCAGGAGCCGGCGCUGGUGAUGAUAAAGUUCGGGAGCGAGCCGCCGUCCCCCGUCAGCGUCAGGCCGCCGCUGUCCAUCUCCGUGCCCCCGAGCUCGUACGCGUGGGCCGCAGCGGCGCCCGCGGCCGCUCCCGCCGCCGUCGAGGACUACCGCAAGUACCGCGGCGUGCGGCAGCGCCCCUGGGGCAAGUACGCGGCGGAGAUCCGCGACCCGAAGCGCCGGGGCUCGCGCGUGUGGCUCGGCACGUACGACACGCCCGUCGAGGCCGCGCGCGCCUACGACCGCGCCGCGUUCCAGAUGCGCGGCGCCAAGGCCAUCCUCAACUUCCCGAACGAGGUCGGCACCCGCGGCGCGGACCUCUGGGGCCCGCCCCCGCCGCCCGCUCCGGCGACGCAGGCCGCCGCCGCGGCGAACAAGCGGAAGCGGAACCACCGGGAGGACCCCGACGACGUGGAGGUGGUAGCGGUCGUGAACAAGGCGGUGAAGCGCGAGGAGGCGCCGCCGCCGCCGUCGACCCAGGUGUCCUCCACGUCGCCAUCAUCCAUGUCGACGCGCGAGACCACCGCCUCAUCGACGGUGACGUCGACUGCGACAGAGACGGGCGCAGGUGCGGAGACGCCGUCGAGCGGGAGCUGGGAGCAGUACUGGGAGGCGUUGCUCGGCGGCCUGCCUCCGCUCUCGCCGCUGUCACCGCACCCGACGCUCGGGUUUCCGCAGCUCAUCGUUAAUUAACUGAGCCGUCAUGUCCGCGUGCUGAUCUAGGAAUUGCACACCUGCAAGGGGGUUGGGCCACAUAUC